AUGGGAAAAGGAUUCAAGGAUGUGAAUAUUGCCUUUGCAGGCACGCAUGAACACAGCGAAAAAAUCCCACAAUGGGUCAAGGCGAACGGAGGCAUUUAUUCUCGCGACGUGACUGAGUUGGUAACCCAUCUCGUUGCAACUGAAGCUGCAUUCACCAAAAACGUUCAAGCGGUCCAAAAAGCGAAGAAACUAAACAUCAGAAUCGUCACGUAUGACUGGCUUGAGGACUCGCUGAUGUCAAAAACCCCUGCGCCGAAAUGUGUCGGUCCUUAUCUCUGGGAGCGGGUUUUGAAAGACAAAAGGAAACGUCAGCCUGCCAAAAUGUCGAGUUUAAAGAACGUACGACAGAAAAAACAGAGGGGCGUGGAUCCGGAGAAAACCUUGGGAGAAUUCCGCAAAGGAGCUCGAGCGAUCAUUUCCGAUAUGGAGGACUUGGGAUAUCAUCUUUACGUUGAUAAAGACACUGGAGUGGCAUAUACUGCCACCCUUGUACGUUCCUCGGUCGUCAACAGUCACUUUCAUAAAGAGACGUUUCUCGCCAGGGUAUAUGAGACUAAUAAAUCUCCUCACACUUACUCCGCGUUCGUCAAGUAUAGCCGUACUGGAGCAUCCGGCAAGGACAUCCUAGCACCUGGUGGAAGCACCCUCGAUCUCGCCGUAUCUACGUUCGAGAAGUUCUUCAAGACGAAAACAGGUUUGGAAUGGAAGGAUCGUUUUGAUGAUUCAAGAGGAUGGUUUACCUUCGAACGACCUACUGGGAUUUUGGGAAGUUUGAGAAUUGAUGCUCAGAGUAAAAUCACCGACAGUGUUGCUAGAGAACAUAUGUCGAUGGCCAACAACGAUUCUGCAGAAGGACCUGGCUUGAUGCUGGAGAAGAGGACAGCCGGUAGCGCGAACUCACCACUCAACUAA